UCUGAGUAAAUCCGCUGAGCUGCGGGUCGACAUGUCUGCGUGACGGAGCUCUGCGGGAACUUUCAGGACACGCAACAGGUGGAGGAGCCGCACGAUGGGGAGCGCGCGGCCGCGCGGGUACCUACACGUUGUGGACAGCGUCUUUUUCAGGCGCCCGCGGGGGGGGGGUCACAUUUAUCUGCGGUCACUGAACAUAUCUUAACCCUCGUGCGCGUGUGUGUUUCCAGCCGUCUGUAACUGCUGUUGCAUAUUGAAGGUGUCUUCGGGAAUCGGACGUGGAAACAUUCACGCACUUUUUCCUCCCCUCACGAGUGGAGGUCCGGCGGCGCCAUGGACGACGCGAGCCUGAACGACUCCAACGUGAAGGUGGCCGUGCGCGUUCGGCCCAUGAACAGGAGAGAAAAAGACCUAAAGACAAAAUGUGUGGUGGAGAUGGAGGGAAACCAGACGGUCCUGCACCCAGCCGUCGCCAACACAAACAAAGGAGACCCCCGGAAUCAGCCAAAGGUUUUUGCCUAUGACUACUGCUUCUGGUCCAUGGACGAGUCCGAAAAGGAGAAGUUCGCAGGUCAGGAUGUGGUGUUCCAGUGCCUCGGAGAGAGCCUGCUGGAUAACGCCUUCCUGGGCUACAACGCCUGCAUCUUCGCAUACGGACAGACAGGUUCUGGGAAGUCGUACACCAUGAUGGGCUCGGCGGAGCAGCCGGGCCUGAUCCCCCGCCUCUGCAGCUCGCUCUUCAGCCGGGCGCAGCAGGAGGCCCGCGAGGGCGAGAGCUUCACCGUGGAGGUCUCCUACAUGGAGAUCUACAACGAGAAGGUCCGAGACCUGCUCGACCCCAAAGGGAGUCGGCAGGCGCUCAGAGUAAGGGAGCACAAAGUCUUCGGGCCGUACGUGGACGGCCUGUCCCGCCUGGCCGUGGCCUGCUACAAGGACAUCGAGUCUCUGAUGUCGGAGGGAAAUAAAUCUCGGACGGUCGCAGCCACCAACAUGAACGAGGAGAGCAGCCGGUCGCACGCAGUGUUCAACGUCAUUCUCACACACACACUCAUGGACCUGCAGUCUGGGACGAGCGGGGAGAAGGUGAGCAAACUGAGCCUGGUGGAUCUCGCUGGAAGCGAACGGGCGGCGAAGACCGGAGCCGCCGGGGAGAGGCUGAAGGAAGGCAGCAACAUCAACAAGUCACUCAGCACUCUGGGUUUAGUUAUUUCAGCCUUGGCCGACCAGGGAGCGGGGAAGAACAAGAGCAAGUUUGUUCCCUACAGAGACUCUGUGCUCACCUGGCUGCUCAAGGACAGCCUGGGAGGGAACAGCCGCACCGCCAUGGUGGCCACCGUCAGCCCGGCCGCCGACAACUACGAGGAGACGCUGUCCACGCUGCGCUACGCCGACCGCGCCAAGAGCAUCGUCAACCACGCCGUGGUGAACGAGGACCCCAACGCCAGGAUCAUCCGCGAGCUGCGGGAGGAGGUGGAGAAGCUGAGGGACCAGCUGACGGAGGCCGAGUCGAUGAAGGCCACCGAGCUGAAGGAGCGGCUGGAGGAGUCGGAGAAACUGAUCCAGGAGAUGACCGUCACCUGGGAGGAGAAGCUGAGGAAGACGGAGGCCGUCGCCCAGGAGCGUCAGAGGCAGCUGGAGAGUUUGGGGAUUUCCCUGCAGUCAUCCGGCAUCCGAGUGGUGGACGACAAGUGCUUCCUGGUCAACCUGAACGCCGACCCGGCGCUCAACGAGCUGCUGGUCUACUACCUGAAGGAGCACACACGCGUGGGCUCGGCCAAGUCUCAGGACAUCCAGCUGUGCGGCAUGGCCAUCCAGGCCGAGCACUGCGUCAUCGACGUCACGGAGAACAGCGGCGUGGUGCUCACGCCUCACCGCAACGCCCGGACGUGUGUGAACGGCUCCACGGUGACCAGCCCGGUGCAGCUGCACCACGGUGACAGGAUCCUGUGGGGAAACAACCACUUCUUCAGGAUCAGCCUGCCCAGGCACAUGGCCCAGGAGGAGGGCGGGGCGGCCAUGAAGACCUGCCUGAGCAGCGACCGGCUGGAGGUGGACCUGGACGCGUCCAGCGACGUGUCCAGCGAGCUGAGCUUCGGCUACGAGUUCGCCCAGGAGGAGGUGAUGAUGAAGGGCAUGGGCACCAACGACCCCCUGCAGUCGGUGCUGCAGACCCUGGAGCGGCAGUACGAGGAGGAGAAGCGCUGCGCCCUGGAGCGCCAGCGUCUGAUGUACGAGCAGGAGCUGCAGCAGCUCCGCCAGCGCCUCACCCCCGAGAAGCCCGCCUCCGCCGCCGUUUCCCACAAGCCCAUGCGGCGCUGGAGCGAGGACAGAGAGGCCAUGAUCACCCGCAGCCUCCUGCGCCUCCGGGAGCAGAUCCUGAAGGCCCAGCUCUGGGCCAGCGAGGCCAGCUUCAUCGCCGAGUCGCUCAACAAGAGGACAGAGUACCGAGUCACCCUGCAGAUUCCGGCCGCCAACCUGGACGCCAACAGGAAGCGCGACGCGGUGCUGAGCGAGCCGGCCAUCCAGGUGCGCCGGAAAGGAAAAGGGAAGCAGAUCUGGGCUCUGGAGAAGAUGGAGAACAGGCUGGUGGACAUGAGGGAGCUCUACCAGGAGUGGGGCGACUACGACGACGAUAAUCCGGUGAUGCGGUCGUACUUCAAACGGGCCGACCCGUUCUUCGACGAGCAGGAGAACCACAGCCUGAUCGGCGUGGCCAACGUCUUCCUGGCCUGCCUCUUCUACGACGUCAAGCUGCAGUACGCAGUGCCCAUCAUCAACCAGAAGGGGGAGGUGGCCGGCCGGCUGCACGUGGAGGUGUGGCGGGGCACGGAGAGCUCCGAGGACGACGGCGGCGCCGGAGACAAUCAGCUCGGCGGCGCAGACGCAGAUCAGCAGGAGCGCAGGCUGCACUGUGUGGUGAAGCUGCUCCAGGCCACCGGUCUCCCUCGCCACCUGUCCAACUUCGUCUUCUGUCAGUAUCACUUCUGGGGGCAGGAGGAGCCGGUGUUCACCCCCCCGGAGGUGACGCCGGCCGGCUCGUCCUCCUCCAAAGACCCUCAGUGCACGGUGGUGUUCGACAGCGCCAAGGAGCUGUCCGUUCCGGUCUCCGAGGACUUCGUGGAGUUUCUGGCCGAGGGGGCGGUGGCCAUCGAGGUGUACGGACACAAGCAGGCCAACCACCGCAGGAACCUGGCACUGUGGGACCUGGGAGUGAUCCAGGCCAAGACCAGAUCCCUCAGAGAGAGGUGGAGCGAGGUGACCCGGCAGCUGGAGAUGUGGGUGCAGCUGAUGGAGCUGAACGAGGCCGGGGACUUCACGCCCGUGGAGGUCCUUCCCGCCAAAGACGUCCGCACGGGGGGGAUCUUCCAGCUCCGACAGGGUCAGUCCCACCGGGUCCAGGUGGAGAUCCGCCCCGUGCCGGAUUCGGGCACCAUGCCGCUCAUCGCAGCUUCCAUCCUGUCUGUGUCCAUCGGAGACGUGAAGGUGCAGCAGAUGCGUCCCUCGCAGAAGAGUGGAGAUGAAGAAAUGGACAGCUAUCAGGAGGUGGACCUGGAGAGGAUGAGGGAGCAGUGGUUGGUCACUCUCACUCAGAGGCAGGAGUAUCUGGACCAGCAGCUGCAGAAGAUCGUCUCCAAAAUAGACAAGUCAGAGGACGACCUGGAGAGAGAGUCCCAGCUGCUGGAGUGUCGUCUCACCCUCACAGAGGAACGGAACGCUGUUCUGGUGCCGUCAGCGGGAAGCGGCAUCCCAGGAGCUCCAGUGGAGAGGGUUCCCGUCCCCGGAAUGGAGACACACAUUCCCGUCCUCUUCCUGGAUCUCAGCGCCGAUGACUUCCAGUCCAGUCUCUCGGCCCCCCUGGCCGGGGGUCUGGACGCGCUGCUGGCCGGGGAGGACGAGGACGAAUUCUUCGAUCUGCACAUCCUGAAGCACUACGACUCAGAGGUGAAGGCCGAGGCGUCCUGGGACUCCACGGUCCACCAGUGUCCCCAUCUGAGCCGGGCCGCCUCCGCGGACCAGAGGGUGUACCUGACGGUGCGCGCCGCCGUGCAGCUCAGCCACCCGGCGCACAUGCAGCUGGUGGUCCGGAAACGCAUCUGCGUCAACGUCACCGGGAGGCAGGGUUUCGCCCAGAGCCUCCUGAAGAGGAUGUCUCAGCGCAGCACCAUCCCCGGCUGUGGCGUCACCUUCGAGGUGGUUUCCAACAUCCCCGGGGACAUCCACGGUCCAGAGGACCGGGAGAUGCUGGCCAGGCUGGCCGCCAGCGCGGAGGACGAGCAGUCGGCCGACAGCGAGGCGGCCAUAGAGAAGUACCUGCGCAGCGUCCUGGCCGUGGAGAACAUCCUCACUCUGGACCGGCUCAGACAGGAGGUUGCUGUGAGGGAACAGCUGGCAGUCAGAGGGAAAGCUAACAGACGCUGCCUGAGCUCUCCCAACGUCAACCUGCUGUCAGCCAGCAGUCUGGAUCUGUACUCCUCCACUCACAAACUCAAUGACUUCAAGGGCUGGGAGAGCCAGCAGGACCUCUCUGCAGCUCCUCCCCCGUCCAGACGCACCCUGCCCGGAUCCUUCUCUCAGAACCUGGGCCCAGAAACAGUGAAGGCCGUCCCGCGGCUGCUGAAGUCCCUGCUUCCCGGUGGGCGGGAGGACGUUCGGGAGCAGACAGCUGUCCAUCAGCAGGAUGUGCCGCGCAUCGUGGUGCAGUCGGCCAGCGUGGAGGAGGGCAUGAGCCGGCGCCAGCAGCUGAUUCCCAUUGAGGAAAUCAUUCCGACUACCAUCCAAACAGAAAUACCCAAAUCUGUUCCCGUCCCACCUCCCAUCAUCCCGGAGAUGGAAGACCCCACCCCCAGCCCGAUGAGCGAGGCCUCCAGCGGAUACAUGUCCACCAGCAUCUCCACGGCGACGCUGUCCGACGUCUACACUCUGAGCUGGGACCUUCCUCCCUCGUGCAGCGGCAGAACCGAUGCUUUCGAGGCUGUUCCAGAUGAAGACGAGGAGAAACAUGAGGCGACGCAGGAAACCCCGGCCCUCCCUGUCUCCAUUCAGUCCAACAACGGUCCUAAAGGUCUUCUUCCUGCCACAUCAGAGCCUCAGAACUCAUCACCCGAAAAGGUUGACCCAAUCCCGAACGAUGCAAGUCAACAGGAACCAAAUGAGUCUCCCUCGGUCCAGGUAGGAAAAGAAGAACCACAGAAAACUGUGGAUGUAGAACUCUCAGGGACAGCCAAACCAAAUGACUCCACGACUGAACAGACUGGAUCAGAACAAUUCAACAAUCAGGGAGCAGUAGAAGAACGUCCAACAGAAGACAAAGACGUACCACAAACACACCAGUCCGAACCCGAGUGUCCUUCAACAGAAGGUCAUGAGGUGAUUGACACAGAUGAGACAGAAUCUAAUCAGUCCACUCACCAGGAAACACAACCGUCCACCAAAGACGUCCAGAGUCACUCUGCUGUCCCGCAGCAGCUCGAAGCAGACUUGAUAACUUCUGAAAGUACUCCAGAACCGGCAGGAAACCUUGUUGAUGGCACUAAAGAACUUGAGCAAGCUUCAGCUGAACCAUCUGAGGAGCCCGAAGGUCAAUUGUCAUCCAAGACACAGUCAACUCUCAAUGGUACUGGAGAAGUUGAGACGAGCCUGAUCCCACCUUCAGCAGAAGCGUCGACUGCUUCUUCAGGAGCAAGCGAGAACUCUGAAGGUCAAGUAUCCAAGGACCAAUCAACAGCUGAUUCCAGACUGGUCCCAGCCUCCAGUCCCACUUCAGAACCACCUGGAGAGCCAGAUAGUCAGGUUUCAUCUGAGGACAGCACACCCACCCAGACCUCCACCUCAGGGUCCAGGGAGUCUCCUCCUGAUGCCCCUGCUGAAUCUGCCACAGAUCCGGCCCCUCCUUCCCAACCUGCCUCCUCUGGGGCAAACCCCUUCAAGAUCCAGAAAGUCAAAUCUUCAGACCUCAGGUCCUUCCAGCAGAUUGUGGAUGAAGAGGAGGGGGCGCCUCCGGUGGAGCGGGCCCGCAGCCUCGGAGCUGGCCUGAAUCUGUCCGUCCCCAUGGAAACGUUAGAAAUCAUCUCGGAUUCUGAGGAAGGAGAAGCAGCCGCUUGCGCCGUACUUCCUGAUUGGUUGAAGGAGGGAGAGUUUGUCACUGUGGGCACCAAUAAGAGCGGGACAGUGCGAUACGUGGGACCCACAGACUUCGCAAAGGGGACGUGGGUCGGAGUGGAACUGGAGGUCCCGGCAGGCAAGAAUGACGGCUCAGUGGGCGGGAAGCACUACUUCCACUGUAACCCCGGUUACGGCGUGCUGGUGAGACCCGACCGGAUAACUCGCGGCGGAACCAAACGCCGCCGCCAUCAGCAGAAGCGCCGGAGUGCCAACCUGUCGGGGUCCAGCCCGAACCUGGCUGCCCUCACCGCUCUGGCCAAAGGCGAGGGCGGCGGACCGCCGGCCGGACGCAGCCGAGGAGAAAACCGCAAGUCCUGGAACACCUGAGGAAUCCGGAGGACCGACGGCCGCGCUCCCGCCGCGAGGCGAUCACAGGCUGAGGGCUCGGACAGCCGCUGGACAGCAGCAGAUCUGAGACAGAUUUCUACGUCUGAAACUCGACUGGACGUCGGAGGGGUCGCGGGAGGAAUCUUAUGAGACCUGUGGAAAGAUGGAGUUCCUGAAACUGCAGGAAAUGUGAAUGUUUCAGGCAGGAUUCUCUUUUUUUCUUCAUAUUUAUUCCAGCCAAUAGAAACACUGCCUCACAAUCAGCACAGGCUCGUCUUUAACACCAGGAGUUCAAAAUGGAACGACUUGACGACACUGGAAAAGCAUUUUACUUCUACUGUAUGAGAAACGCUGCAUCAGGACACCCGACUCAGCUUCUAUAGGGGGGAAAAAGCUGCUGUUUAAUUCACGUGCCUUAACAGUGACGGUGCCUUUAAUGGUAAUUUAACCAAAUUUAAUUUUCUCUUUGGGCUGUAAACAAUUCAGGAACUGUUAAUCGGCCUCUUGACUAUGCAUUUCUACUGUCUGACUCACUUUGCACUCUUUUAAAGUAGUUUUCUGCUGCCAGGCUGGAAAAAAAAAAACAGCCUCAUUUUUAAAAAUGUGCCCAACAAAUACAGUGCAACUUUUUAUGUGCAACGAAUAUGGAUUUUAAAAGGGGAUGUGGUCUAAAACAAGUGUGGAGUCAUUAUUUUUAGCUGUAUAUGUGGUUUUUGUGUGUGGUUCCGUUGAAAGCUUAGAAAAAUAAGUAUUGGCACAAUGUCUGUGAGCCAGAACCUCCUCACUGUGCAACUACAGAAGUUCCUUCAAAGGUUUUUGUGUCUCUGACUUGUGAACCACUCUCCUUUCCUCCACAUUUUUAAAGCCUUUCUUUCGGAUAUUUAAAAAAAAAACUUUGUUUUUGAUCCUCAAAUUAAAGCUUUUGAUUUGCAAACUCGUUUGUUUCCACUUUUUGGCGAGCCGAUACAAACGUUCUGGAGUGGUCAACAUGCAGAAGCACUGAAGAUUGGUCUCAGGCUGAGCCACUUUUUUGUUUAACUUGAUACGGAUCAUUUGCAAAGUUGAUCUAUAUUUCAAAGAAAUUAACGCAGUUUCACAAAUAAAUCGUGGGAAUUACGUAUGAAUGAAUUAUUUUUUUAAAAAUCUAUCUGUAAUCAAACUUAUUGCACUCCAGCUCGUUUUCUUUUAACUGAUGUCAACAUACAAAAAAAGCUUGAUCGUCACUUGAGAACAUAAAAUUGAUUCAAACCUUCCCCAGCUUGUCGUUUUCAGUUGAUCACAGUAGAAUCGUCACUAAAGUGAGAUCAGACUUUCUCACUCAGGUUUUUCCUUCAAGCUUCAAAACCAACAUUAAUAUUUAAUGUAGGGCAGAAUUUCUACUGUUUGACUUUAUUUUCUGUGUAUUUUUAUAUUUAAAUACACUGUGCACAUAAAAACUGCUGUCCAUUUUCAGAUGUUCUUCACUGCAAAGAGUCAUUUAUGCCACUUUUUUAACCAAUAGCACAUUUUAAGUUCAAUCAUGGAAAAAGAAAUGAACAGAUCUUCAUAUUUGAUUUUUUCAUAUAUAUUUAGUUACAAUUUAUUACUAGAUUACAUGAAAAUGUGCUGCUUUCGUGGGAUUCUUCUAGAAUCGAAAUACAUUUCGGAAAAUAAGCAAAACUUUUUUUAGAGCUAUAACCCGUGAAUUAUAUAAUCUAGGUCAUUUUUACACUUUGCAACAUAUUUUCAUUGUAUUAUUUUAAGAAAUAGUAAGCUGAACUCCAUUUCUAAAUAUUUCAGUCAGUGCCAUGUGAAAGUUUUCAUAAGUGUACUUUGUAUUUAAUGUGUUUGUGAAUCUCAUUUUGCAUUUAUUGGGAAAAAAAUUUCACAUAAUGAAGCCAAUGAAAAAUAAUCCACUUUUUUUAUUUUUAAUUUCUGGUUGCUUGGUGAUUUUUAAAGGGAUUUUGUUGAAUUCUAAAUAUGUAAAAAAAAAAAAAAAAAAAAUGUUUUGGGUGUAAAUGUGAUGAUUAUUUAUUGAACCGUGAAGAGUUCAUAUGGAGGAUGUUUUAAUAAAGGUUAAAUAUGA